AUGGCCAGAAUGAAAGAAUCGUCACCGGGCGAGGGCCGCCGGCGGACACAAGCGGUCCACCCCCGGAGCUACCUGGAUGACUUGCGUGCACGGGCUCUAAUUAGUCGGGCGGGCCAAGCGCUUGAGCUAAAGGAAGACGGGCCUGUAUCGCCGCCCGGCUUCUCCAUUAGCUCAUCCAGGUUUAUCUCCAGACCUUGA